AGAGCUCAGCAGCUUCUCUUCUCUCUGAUAAUGGAAGAAGUUGAACUCUGCUUUCCACAACUCCUCAACGCCUCCUGCAGGAGGCCGGAGCCUCCUCAGUCUGAGGAUCUGCUCAUUAACAUCCUGCUGUUCUUCAUCUCUGUGCUUACUACCGCUCUCAACCUGCUCGUCAUCAUCUCCAUCUCCCACUUCAGGCAGAGAUCAACCUCUCAGCUUCACCAUGUUUACUGUUAUAUUAUAAACCAGCAGCUCCACUCCCCCACCAACCUCCUCCUCCUCUCUCUGGCUGUCUCAGACUUCUUCGUUGGCCUCCUGGUGUUGCCGAUUGAAGUUCUCUUUACAAGGACCUGCUGGGUCCUGGGUGACCUCGUGUGUGCUCUGUAUUUCUUCCUACCGGUAACCCUCAUCUCUGCCUCUGUAGGAAGCAUGGUGCUCAUAUCAAUCGACCGCUAUGUGGCGAUUUGUGACCCUCUGCAUUACCCCACCAGAGUCACUGACAAACUAGUUACUGUCAGUAUUUGUCUGUGUUGGAUCUGCUCUGUUCUCUACAGCGUUUUUAUGUUAUAUGACCACCUGAAACAACCAGGCAGGUAUAAUUCCUGCUAUGGAGAGUGUGUGGUUAACAUUGCAGGAGAUGUGGACCUUGUUGUUGCCUUUAUUAUUCCCAUUACAGUCAUUGUAGUUCUGUAUAUGAGAGUGUUUGUGGUAGCGGUGUCUCAGGCCCGUGCCAUGCGCUCUCAUGUUGCAGCUGUCAAACUCCAGUUUUCAGUGACUCUGACACAGAAAUCUGAGCUGAAAGCAGCCAGGACUCUUGGCAUUGCUGUUGUAGUUUUCCUGAUUUGCUAUUCUCCGUACUACUGUCUCUCUCUCACAGGUGGCAGCAUCUUAGUCGGUUCUUCAACUGAGGCCUUUAUGAGCUAUCUGAUGUACUUUAACUCCUGUCUGAACCCUGUGAUCUAUGCCUUGUUCUACCCCUGGUUUAGAAAAGCUGUUAAACACAUAGUGACGCUUCAGAUCCUGCAGCCUGACUCCUGUGAAGCCAACGUACUUUAGAAAGACAUUGUGCUGUAAUUAAAAUGAGACCUUUUUCUUUCUAUCAUUAAAGCUCCCCUCCACUCAUG